AGGAAGUAUUCGUCUUUCUUGUCCUCACUUUUUCCGCCUGAGUAGUGCUGCUCACCACACUCAGCCAGUGUUAUCAUUGAACACCUACCGUCAUGUCCCCUGCUGGAGGGACUGGCACAUCGUCUACUCUGCCAUGCGCGAAUGGAACAGUUGAAGGUGAUAGUCAAUUCGAAUUCAUCCCAAACAGUCGUGGGGCUUCGGUCGUCAGCGAGAACAUCAGCUUGGUCGGUGUCACUAGUGAAGCGCUUGCAAAGCAAUACGACAACUUCCAGGAUGGAACGGUGGCCAAGAUAUUUUUGGGAGAGUCUGAUCGCACUAGCGAGUCGGAGAUCCUGAAAAAGGUUGAGGAGAUUGCUGGGAGGCACGCAACUGUCCAAGGCCGUGUUCUUGAGUUCCUUUGGCACCACACGUUCGCGAAUCCUGCGUCCGCCGUCCGAGAAGCGCUCGGUGUCGUGAAACCCACCACGGGCAGUCGCGUGCUCUACAUUCUUGUAUUCCCCAAGCUCAAACCAAUCACGGAGCUCCAUGACAACCAGCUUUUCGACGUGUGGUACCAAUGUAUUUUAUGUCACCUCGCUCUGUGGAAAGAAGGGGUCUAUCAUCGUGAUGUUGUAGUGCUGCUAUUGAGUUCGAUAAGGGAAUGGCGUAACUCAAAGCGAUAGGAUUGUUCUUAGGAUCGGACGCGAGCUUGUAGCGGGGAAAUCAACCAACGUUCAAAACGAGUCUACAAGGCCGUAUUUUAUCUAUGAAAAGGUAAGGGUCUUGGUUAUUACGAAAGGGAGAGUUUGAUGAGACGGAGAGUGGUGGCGUUG